AUGUCUGCCGGUAUACAAGUGCUCACCCUUCUACUGUACAACACUACUCGUUUUCAGGUUUACCUUUCUCCUACUCUCAUCAAAUUCUGGUCUCAUCAUGAAAAGAUGGUUGCGAUCGAUCAAUCCAUUGUAUUCAUGGGAGGCAUUGACCUAUGUUUUGGAAGAUGGGACACAUGUGAUCACAGACUGGAAGAUGUAUACAAGUCUGCUUACUCCAAGUCAGAAGACCAGUUUCCUGAAGAUUUCGAGGAACCUGUGAAUACCACGGAAAUCGACCAAACAGCCUUCAAUCCGUAUGUCACCGCAACGGCUGAAAAUGCAGACGGCGUCAGUAAAACCGUGAUGAAAACUGCCACUGGUACUCAGCGAAAACUCUCGGAGAGACGACCAUCGCUAUGGCACUUACCAAGGCCGUUCUCUCGUAAGCCACCAUUGCUACGUGACCUACGACUCCCACGCCAAUCCUCGCCAGUUGACUCGUCAAGCAGAAUGGAGACUUCACCAAAGCGAUUGAAGCACCGCAGAUUUACUGGAAUAUUCGCGCGCACCGGUGAGGCACUCCACGCUCUAUUUCGACAAGAAACUCCGGCCCGAAAACAGUCAUUACGUCGUCAGUCUCAACACGACGAUCCCGAACUGAUGUAUUUGGAGUGGGGCGCUGGACGGCGUGAAACUAGGGUCUACGUGAACAAUGCAUUCGAGGAUGAUGAAAAUUUGCAAUUAGCGUUAAACUCGUUCUACCUACUUCAAUGGUUCAUAAUUGUGCACCGCUUAAAACGGAUUGAAUGUCCUCGACUUUUAGUUUCCGGAUAUCCUUAA